GUUAAAGAGUAAGAGCCUAUAAUAUAUAUACUCCAACAGGUGUUUGGCGGCGAAAACAUUAAAAAGGUGAAAAAUAAAGAUAAAAAGAAAAAGAGAUUGAUCGAGAUCGAGAUGAUACUGGUGGCAAUCGUGGCGGAGCUGUUGGAGGAAUACAUGGUGCUGUUAGCGAGGGUGCUGGAGCAUAUGUUCCAGCAAGCUCCUUUGCCCUUUCCUAGGCGGGUCCGCUUCCUUAUUCUUCGAAGUCUUCCUUUUGCCUCCUCUUCACCUAUAUCCCACCCCUCGUCAAUCAUUUAGAGCUUGAUUCUACUUUUUCUUUGUCUCUUCUACUAAGUACAGUAGUAUUUUAAUUUAUUUGCUUAUACAUACAUAUAUAUGGCGCGCGUGUAUGUGUAAUUUUUAGCUUUGUGGUUGUAAACUUGCACUAAAUGCCUAGUUGUUCUAUAUUGUUAUGGAGGUACUAUA